AUGCCUCGGAAGAAGCGGAAGUACGAGCCUAAAGCGAAAGGCUGCUACGAGUGCUCCCAGCGCCGGAUCCACUGCGAUCGUGCGGAGCCACAAUGUAGAAAAUGCAUCGCCAAGGGGAUGAGCUGCAGUGGGAUGGGGAUUCGGCAUCGCUUUCAUGAGGGAAUGGCGGCUCGGGGGAGGUUUGCUGGGAAGCCUAUUGACGCCGUUUAUGAGCAGACACGACACAAGCCUCGUCCAAAGACGAGAAUCAAUGCAUUGGGAGAGGGUGACAUGACUGUUACAGGCAGUCCGCCCCUUCGCAAUACCGCUCGAGGCUUCCUUGACAGUCCUCCAGUGCUCCAGCUGUCGAUCUCUGAGCACAUUGCAUGCGAAAUGGUGGCAUUUGACGGCCCUCACAACGGAUGGCGAUCUAUUGUCCUGCCGAUAGCCUUGGAAGAUGAGCUGGUGAUGAAUGCAGUUCUCACGGUGGCCAGCUUCCACUUUCAUUUAUAUUAUCAGCAGGAUAUCUCAAGACACCUGUCCUUGGGGAAUUGUGAAGCAGACGAGGCUUCAACACAAUUGUAUGGAGCGGUCGUACAUGGACUUCGACAGAGACAAAAUCUACAGAGUUACGAUCAACAAGACCAGCUAUCUAUAUUACUUACUAUCCUACUGCUUCUCGUGGUAGCAAUGGUCACAGGCAGUCCCGACUUUCCUAUCAUGUUCAAGGCUCUACAGUCCGCUUUGGCUGCCAUUGAACGCUCCUGUAUAGGCCAGGGCGAACUUGCCGACUUCAUCUCGCGCCAGUUCCAGAAACUACGGAUAUAUGCUGCCCCGUUUAUCAGCGAGGCAGACGGCUUCCAAGUGCUGUCUUCGCAACACUGGAGUGUGGAGGUGCUCUCGUGCCUCAAUUACUGCCAGUCGUGGCAGCCACAGCAUGCCUCUGCUGUGUCUGUCAUUACUGACCUCGUCCACCAAGCACACGACAUCUAUAUCAACCAGGCCCGAGAUCUGCUAUCUGCAGACGCCAGACCUAUGUUUGCAAUACCAGACACCGUCGCCCGAAUUGACCGUUUCAAGCAUACAAUGGAGCUCUUCCCCGAGGACUCUCCAGGCGAGCAGGUCUUGAUCUGGGCCUCCUUUCUAGCAGCCUCCGAUUGUAUGUUGGACGAGCACAAGACCUUCUUUAAAGAACUGUUCCAGCGGUAUCACCGGCGCAGCGGGUUCAAUAACAUUCUCGGCGCGCUGCAUCUGCUGCAGAAAAUAUGGAAUCGAUCAGUUGAGGACCGGUGGACGAGCUUUCUUCCCCAGGAGAGAUUAUUUGUGAUGUAA